UCCCCUUCAUCAAUCUCACACCCUUCUCCCUCACUUUCCGCUCUGUUUCUCUUUGCAUUUUCCCCGAGAAACUUCACAUUCUCGUCCCCCUUCUCUCCAUAUAAAUCCAUUAUCUCUCUCUCUGCAUGGUCGGGGAAUAGAAUCUGUUGUUUCUCAAAUUCGUAAAAAAAAAACCCUUUUUUUUUAAAUUAAAGUCUCCACCUUUCUUCUGAAACAUUCACCGUGGAGAUUCUCGGAUCAGGCCGCGCUGCUCGUGGUGGGUUUCACGGCGGCGACAGAUACAUCUUCUGCCUUCUCCUGAGGGGGUAGCCGAGGCUCCGGCCUCGGCGGUUUUCAAACCCCUUACCUUCACAAAAUCUGGUAAUCAAAAAAAUCAAACCUUUCGAAUAGAUUCGUCAAAAACAGAGUAUUGAAUCAAGAUGCCUGCUUUAGCUUGCGUCGACACCUACACCACCGACGUGUUCAUCCCACCGUCACCACAGCCUUCCUCCACCGCCGCCGUCGUCGACACGUGGAGCCCCUCUCUCUCCUCCUCUCUCUACCGCAUCGACGGAUGGGGAGCUCCUUACUUCUCCGCCAACUCCUCCGGCAACAUCUCCGUUCGCCCUCACGGCUCCAACACUCUCCCUCAUCAAGACAUCGAUCUGUUGAAACUCGUCAAGAAAGUAACAGAUCCGAAACAAACCGGCGGUUUAGGAUUACACCUCCCGGUUAUCGUCCGGUUCCCUGACGUUCUUAAAAACCGCCUCGAGUGUCUCCAAUCCGCGUUCGAUUUCGCGGUACAGAGCCAAGGGUACGAGUCUCAUUACCAAGGAGUGUACCCGGUGAAAUGCAAUCAAGACCGGUUCGUCGUGGAGGACAUUGUGAGAUUCGGAUCUCAAUUCCGGUUCGGUUUAGAAGCUGGCUCUAAACCGGAGAUCCUCCUCGCUAUGAGUUGUUUAUGUAAAGGCAACAACGAAGCCUUUCUUAUAUGUAACGGCUUCAAAGACGCUGAGUAUGUCUCGCUAGCUCUGUUGGGAAGGAAGCUAGCGUUGAACACUGUGAUUGUGUUGGAGCAAGAAGAGGAGCUUGAUCUUGUUAUCGAUCUUAGCCACAAGAUGAACGUGAGGCCUGUGAUUGGUUUACGAGCCAAGCUUAGGACUAAACACUCUGGUCACUUCGGUUCAACUUCGGGUGAGAAGGGGAAGUUCGGUUUGACCACUACUCAGAUAGUUCGUGUGGUGAGGAAGCUUAGUGAAGCUUGUAUGCUUGACUGUCUCCAGCUUUUGCAUUUCCACAUCGGCUCGCAGAUCCCAUCCACUUCGUUGCUAUCUGAUGGUGUCUCAGAAGCUGCUCAGCUCUACUGUGAGCUUGUCCGUCUCGGCGCGAACAUGAAGGUUAUAGACAUUGGUGGCGGGUUGGGGAUUGACUACGACGGGUCUAAGUCCGGAGAGAGUGAUCUCUCUGUGGCUUAUACUCUCGAGGAGUAUGCCGAAGCUGUUGUAGCUUCUGUUAGGUUUGUUUGUGAGAGGAGAUCAGUGAAGCAUCCUGUGAUAUGUAGUGAAAGCGGAAGAGCUAUCGUCUCUCAUCACUCAGUGUUGAUCUUUGAAGCUGUCUCAACGGUUAAACAUCAAGCUGAUCAUGAUGAUAUUCAGUUUUUGCUCGAAGGUGAUGAUUACGAGGAGCUGUACUCUGCUGUGAUGCGUGGGGAUCAAGAAAGGUGUUUACUUUAUGUGGAAAAGCUGAAGCAGAGAUGUGUUGAAGGAUUUAAAGACGGUGUUUUGAGCAUUGAGCAGUUAGCUUCUGUUGAUGGGUUAUGCGAAUGGGUUUUAAAGGCUAUUGGCGGGUCGGAUCCGGUUCAGACUUACAAUAUCAACCUCUCGGUUUUUACCUCGGUUCCUGAUCUUUGGGGGAUUGAGCAGCUGUUUCCUAUAGUCCCCAUCCAUAAGCUCGACCAGAGGCCGGGGACGCGUGGCGUCUUGUCGGAUUUGACGUGUGAUAGUGACGGGAAGAUUGAUAAGUUCAUAGGCGGCGAGUCCACCUUGCCGUUGCAUGAGCUGGAGAGUGGUGGUGGGAGGUACUUCUUGGGGAUGUUUCUUGGAGGGGCUUACGAGGAGGCGCUCGGUGGAGUGCAUAAUUUGUUUGGUGGGCCGAGUGUUGUGCGUGUCUUGCAGAGUGAUGGGCCUCAUAGCUUUGCUGUGACUAGAGCCGUGCCGGGGCAGUCCUCUGCUGAUGUUCUUAGGGGAAUGCAGCAUGAGCCGGAGAUGAUGUUUGAGACGUUGAAGCACCGAGCAGAGGAAGUGAUGCAUAGAAAAGGUGGUGAAGGAGAAGAUGAUGAUGAAGGGGAGUUUUGUAAUGUGGCGGCUUGUCUUGAUCGUUCGUUCCACAACAUGCCGUAUCUAGCGACCGAGGAGGUAUUGUCUAUGAGUAACUCUCUUUCGGAUGCGGUCAGUAACCUUGGCUUUUACUACUGCGAUGAAGACGGGUUUGACUACCUCUCUGCAUGAGGAAAGGUGGUCGUGUGGUUUGCUGUUGUUGCAUUCUUGUAUUGUCGUAAUGUUUCUUUUUAAUAAAGUAGUAAAAUAAUCACAAUGAUGAGAUUCAUCGUUGUUUAAUGUUUUUAAUUAGAGGAUCCGAUGAUGAAAGUCUUUUGUGAAAUUCGGAUCUUUGUAAUGUUAUUUGAUGUUUGAAAUGUAACGUUCUUGUUUCAAAAAUUAAAUAUAAUGGAUGCAUGGUGCUACAAAUUCUUUUCAUUA